AUGACGACGAGAGAAAGACGACGACGACGAGAGAAGACGACGACGACAACGACGGACGACCACCGACGGGCAAAGACGAACGACGACGAGACGACGACACCACCACCACCCCCACCACGACGGACGACGACGGAAGACGAGACGAAGACACGACGGACGACGACGACGACACAGACGACACGACGACGAAGGGCGAGACGACGACACGACGACGACGACACGCACAAGACGACGACGAAGACGACCAGACCACACCACGACACGACACAACGAAGGGCGAAGACGAAGAGACGAGACGACACACGAAGGGCACACGACACGAACGACGACGACACGACACACACUGACGAGACGAGACGACGAGACACACAGCGAGGGCGAAACCACGACCAAAAGACCACAAGACGAAAGACGACAAAGAGACGACGAACCACCACGACACGACGAUGA